AGCUAGUGCUACUAUCCAAGAUGUCGGCUACGUCUGUGUUCCCCAUGUGUGUGCGAGCGAGCCGGGGCCUCCUGAGGCUCAGGAGCGGCGCGGCGGGCGCCUCCUCACCGGCCGUGGUGGACAUCGUGCGGACACUCUCUACGGACAAGCCGGGCGGCACGACGGGCGGGCUGGCUCAGGCUAUCCUCCAGGAGCGACUCCAGCAGCAGCAGCAGCAGCAGAGUCAGGGCCAGCCUCCUCCUGAAGGAAAGGAGGGAGAGAGGGAGGGAGAACAGGCAGAGGACAAGAAGCAGAAGGAAAACACCGCCUACGCUAAGAAGAUGGUGCUACGGCUGGCGGGACUCAUGGGACUGGGCGGGGCGGUCGGCAUCGUCUACAUAUUCGGCGCCAAUUCAGUGGAUGAACAAGGAAACACGAUUCCAGAUGAGUUCGACAGAGACCCUCCAGUCGUCCAGCAGUUGAAAAGAACCUUCAAAUACUUCAAGGACUACAGACAGAUGAUCAUUGAGCCGACGAGCCCGAAGCUGCUGCCCGACCCUCUGAAGGAGCCGUACUACCAACCUCCUUACACUCUGGUGCUGGAGCUCACCGACGUCCUGCUUCACCCGGAGUGGUCGUUGUCGACAGGUUGGCGGUUUAAGAAACGUCCAGGCAUCGACUACCUGUUCCAGCAGCUCGCGCCGCUCUACGAGAUCGUCAUCUUCACGGCAGAGACCGGCAUGACGGCGUAUCCGCUCAUUGACAGCAUCGACCCUCAGGGUUUCGUCAUGUAUCGUCUCUUCAGAGAUGCAACACGCUACAUGGAGGGACACCACGUUAAGGACGUGUCGUGUCUGAACCGAGACACCAGCAAGGUGAUCCUGGUGGACUGUAAGCGGGAGGCGUUCAGCCUGCAGCCCUUCAACGGCAUGGCGCUUAAGAAAUGGGAUGGAAACUCAGACGACCGGACGCUCUACGACCUUGCCAACUUCCUCAAGACCAUUGCUCUGAGCGGAGUGGAGGACGUUCGUUCGGUGUUGGAGAACUACGCGCUGGAGGAGGACCCCAUCGACGCCUUCAAACGCAGACAGGCUCAGCUGGCGCAGGAGGAGGAGCAGCGUCUGGCCGAGCUCUCCCAGCAGAAGAAGCAGGGAAUCUCCCUGGGCUCCAUCACCUCGCGGUUCUGGCGCUCCAAACAGCAGUGAGCGCCGGCCCCUCUCACACUUCCACCGAUCGCAGCCCGGCUCUCUACCAGCGUCAAGGUGAGGGGAGAGGCCAGAGGACAGAAGGGGCGGGGUGGGCCCGCGCACUGUAGCUGAGCCGGCUCGGCUGUCGCAAGCAACCAAUCAUGUCUCAGUGGGCGGGUCUGCAGUGCUGGAACGGAGCGAGGACAUUGGCCGUCGUCUGCACCGAUGAGAGAGGCACUUCCUAGUUUUUUGGAGGUAGGGCGCCAGUGGACCCCUCCCUUGGUCAUCUUGGUGUCAACUGAUGCAUAUCGGGCUGCUGAUUGUUUUAAAAAAAAAAAAAAAGUUAAAAAAAAGACAAGCUGGAGAAGAUCCAGGUCAGGUUAAAACUCUUUGUGGUGGUUGGAGGCAGAUCUGAGAUCAACACUGCUGUCGCCACUCCGGUUCUGGUCGGCCCCACCGCUCACGGGAUCUGACAUGAGAUCAGCAGUGCUCUGUCCUAUACCACACCUUCAGAAUGUGUAUUUUAUUUUAUUUUCUGUUCUUCUGUGUGUGUCAGACUGUGCCGACGGGCUGCCGGAGAGACCGUGUUAAUAUAAUGAAUAUUGUUUCUAAAAAAUAAAAGUAAACAGUACGUAGUAUCCCUAAGCGUUCAUUCAAUACGUGGGACUGUCAGAGCAACCCAGUGGCGGCGUGGACGGGUGCUCGGUUUGUCUCGUGGACAUAAUGAAGACUGGAACGGCAGCUGAGCCAAUGGUGGAAGAGAAGAAUCGAAGCAAAGGUUUACUUGUAAUUUCUGCCUAAUUUCUCCUGGUCUUUCAUUUUCACAUCUUUUACAGGAUAUGUCACGUGUUAUUCAAAACUUUUUCUUAUUGUCAAAAAGAAAAAAAACAGAACCAACAAUGAGCAAUGAGUUAGUUCGUCUCUCAACACUUUCCGACUUCCCUCCUCUGUCUGUGGCUCUCAGCUCGGAGCCCUUUUUUUUUUUUUUUUUUUCCUACCGAAGACGUAAAAUCUUUAAAAACACCUCACAAAUAUAUAGUUUUAUUUUUUAAAAAGGCUCAGUAAUUCUCCUUAAAAAGCUGCUCACUGUAGUUUUUAUCAAGCAAAUGAGAGGAAAUAGUGCAGAAACCCUUUAUACAUUCUUCUAUAAAGCGCUGCAAAUAUACUAUAUACUAUAGUAUUUACUAUCCAUACAUGCCAAUUGCAUGGAUAUAAUGACAUCACCCUAGGAGGCCUACGUUUUUUUUUUUGUUUUGUUUUGUUUUUUUUAUUGUUUCUGUGAAGUUUUAGAUCCAGUUUAAUUCUCCGAACUCCCGUCCUUCUCUCUCUCUCGUUGGAGAGAACCACCCUCCAGAAAGAGAGAGUGAAGCGACGAUGUUCUGAGGACAGGAACCGUGACGAUGGUCUUCGAGGCUCGGCUGCUGUUCUCUUUCGAGUGCUUGUUGAAGAUCCAUGUUGACGUGAACUCGCCAUCGACAUCCUCAAUAAAGGAAACAAAUCAA